GAUUCCAGAAUCUUGAAAUGACGAUUAUAAGUAUUGUCAAAUAAUAACUAAUCGCUUCUGUGGAUAUUUGAAAACGGUUCUUAUGCAAUGUCAAAAAAGACGUUAAUGGAACUGGUCAAUGAAAAUUAUCUAAAUUUUAAAGAACAUCGACUUCGAAAUAAUCAACUGAUUGAAAACAGAACACAAAGUUCGGAGCAGAUUGAAAUUUCUCGUUGUAUUCAUCCUGUUGUGCUAUAAUAUAUUGUACUGCUAAUAUUUCAAGUUACAGCUUAUAUUGCUAACUCGUUAAAUACACACAUAUAUACCAAAAAUAUUUUAAGAUAUCAUGUGUUUUAACUAAUGCAUCAGGAAAGCAAUAUUUUGCGAAUUACAGUAUGUGCAUAUGUAAUUAAUUUUAUAUAAUAUCCGUUAUUGGAUAAUGCAAUGCCGACUACAUCUUCAGCAGAAGUAAUCACAACGAGAAAGAUUGAAAAUUGUCAUUAUAUUACAACAGCUACAAGAAAUAGUAUUAAUAAUUUAGGACAAAAGCCGGAUUAUAUUGCUUACAAUACAGCAAUGGUUGCACGAGAGAUUCUGCCAUCAGUUGGUGAUUCUGGUGGAGGAAGUAAUUCUACCAAUACAUCUAAUAGUGAAAGUUCAGUUAAUGAAAGUAAUACAAAUGAAAGUCAUAAAAUUAUACUUAAGUUACCGAAAGGAACAAUUCGAAGCCAUACACACCAUGAAUCUCAAAACGAUGAUGCUAAUCCAAGUUCCAGUACUAGCUCUGGUAGCGGUAACAUAUGCUCAACAGAUAUUGAUACACGUAAAGUGGAACCACUUAAAAUAAAUUUACAUACGCACGCGCAAUUACAUUCGCAUUCUACUCAUCAUAGUCAAGUUUUGGUGCCGAAAAUUACAAUAAAGCCAAUUGUGAAAACACAAUCUGAUGCUAUUUCAGAUUGUUCUUCAUCAGCUGAAGAUGAAGUAUCUGCGUCAUGUUCAUUGACACAUUCAGAGUCUCCUAUACCGAAAUUAACUAUCAAAUCAUCAUCUGUGUUAGAAACCAAUAGUUUAGAGCCUCGUGUUGUACCGAAACUUACAAUACGCUCUGCAAGUGAGGAGGAUGGCACUGCGCAUACAUCAAUUGUACCAAAAUUAACAAUAAAAAUGUCUGACACCCAAAUGAACGUAUUAAAUAUUUCCAAUUGUUUAUCUUCUCAUAAUGCAGUUUCAUCGCAAUCUUCUGAACAAUCACCACCUCCACUACCAAAACUAACUAUUAAAACAACUUUAGAUGGUAAUACCGAAUCUAUUAUGUCUUCGUUAUCACCCACAUUAUCAUCAACAUCAUCAAGUUCUUCGACCUCAUGUGUAAUGGUGUCAGCGAAGUCGCCUUCUGUCAGUAAUUUUAUAGCUACAACGGCAACAUCAACCGAUAUUACAAAUGCGACAUUUACUCCUGUUCCUAAAUUAACAAUCAAAACGGUUCAAAAACCAGAAGAAAGUGUGCCUAAAUUGACAAUUAAAACAAAUAAAAAUUGUACAAGUGGUAUUAGUACAUUGGACGAAACUGAAGGUAGUGAAGAUUGUGCUUCGAAUAAAAUACCAAAACUAACGAUAAAAACAGGCCAUGAACAUGCAGUUAUUAUUACUCAACGUAAUGACACAGAAAAUAUGCAAACCAUACCUAAACUCACAAUAAAAACGAAAUCGCUAGAAGAAUGUUCAAGUGAUCCCAGUGAAGAUGGUCCACCUGAAAAAAUACCUAAAAUUACAAUUAAAACAAAUGACAAACCUGCAGUAGAGACGCAAAUGUUUUGUAUUAAAAAUCAGCAAAGUGAAGGUGAAAAAGUACCAAAAUUAACUAUAUCUGUUUCUAGUUAUGACAGUACGGCAACAUCACCACAAUCUCCGAAACAAACAUCUUUGGUGGUGCGGCAAAUUUCUCAGUCCUCUCGCAAAACAGAAUCACCCGAACGUGUACCAAAAUUAAUGAUCUCUCGUCAGGAUGCGAUAUGUGUCAAAACAAAUCAUUGCAGUGAAGUUUCGGAAAAAAUACCAAGACUUACCAUAAAAACAAGUCUAUUAGAAAAUUUGGACAGCAAGGAUAAGUGUUCUAAAUUUGCUAUCAAAUCAAAUACUAUUUCGGACGAUGAUAAUAUAACAAGAAUGAUAUUAAAAUCGAUGCCGUCCACUCAACAACAAAAUCUUGAAGAUACUGACAUGGAAUCAAAUUCAUCAGCAGAACACUCAAACAAAACAGUACCGAAGCUUACAAUUAAAAAUUUACUAUCACCAAAGUUAAAAAUGAAGGCGGUGCUUGGAGACGAGGCUACAAAUUCAGAAAUAUCAACCGUUCCAAAAAAUUGUUUAAAAUCCAGCGGUGCAAAAAACGCAAACGAUGGAAGUGUGUCGCUGGAUUUAAAAUCUCCAAGCAUAGAAAACGUCACAAAUGAGAAAUGUGACGAACAACUGAUUGUUAAUGGCGAAUCUAGUAACAGUCAGGAGUUUUGCGGAUUUAACGAAAAUACUAAUGAUCUUCAUAUAAAUUCAGCGCCUUCCGCAGUCAUUUUAGAAAAUCGUAGAAAUUCAGAUGAUAUGGAUAUUGACGAAAGCUUACAACAACAUACAACGCAAAUGUUCAACAAUGUCAGUCAUUUUUCAGUAAGCAAUGGUAACACAUUUACACCAAUUACAGAAAAAAAUGGUUUUAUACAAUCAAUGAAAUCACAACACCCAUUAACUGUUAUUGAUACCGUUGAUUUGACGUCAUCGCCGUCGCCUAAUUCUUCACCUUCACAUUUAAAUUUCAACCAAAUUGAAACACCUUCUCAGAAUACCUUAGAAGAAUUACUUCAGCGAAAACAGCGUACGAAUUUACUUAUGGAACAUGUGUCGCGUGAGACGAGCGUAAUACAAUGCGCACCAGCGAUAGAAAAAACGAACUUUCUUUUAAACCAACUUACAGCAUCUCCGAAUUCAAUAACAAAAUUAGGAGCGUCAGUUUCGUCGCAAUCUAAAGCAAUCAUACAGAAUCCAAGCAACACUGCAACGCAAUAUCCACAAUUAGCGGAACGUCUUAUGUCAAAUGGAGGUGUACACAGUUCAAUACGGCCGCUUAUGGAUAUUACUAUAGAUAGGAUGAGCAAUAAAAGCCAAUUGGAAAAAGAAAUAGAAUCAAUAGAGAUAUUAGACACUCCUGAAGGAAGUCCAAUUCCUUCAAUUGAAAAUACAAUAGAUUUUUCAAUAGCAAACAAUAGCGUUUUGAAGAAUCAUGUUAACAAUAUUGGUAUAUUUAUGAAUCAACAUGAAAGCUUAUCAAACCAUACCAAAAAUGUGUUGGAUGCAGAUUCGCAAAAGACUUCUAACAAAUCUAAUAUUAAUUCAAAACGUCCUAAUACUUCCAAUUCCUAUAUUGACAGAACUGCAGCUGAAAAGUUAAAUAUCCCAUCCAAUAAGAUUACGCGUAACGAUAUUGAUUCUAGUGGAGUAGCACUGACCAUUUUAUCAAAUGAUGAUUCUAACGAUGUUGCUGAAAAAACAAUAUUAUCAACCGCGUUAGGUAUAAAUUGUACCACAAGCUCUGCCCUCGAAAGCACACAGAAUAUUGAGCAAAUUUCUAUAAAACAUCAAAAUACUCCUCGGUCGAGGAAACAAAGGCAUGAUAAUUUACUAAAUCAUGUGGAAGAAGAAGAUAUAGUGGCUCUUAAUACAGUAAACGUUUCAGAAACAUCAUCUAAUUUACAAUCUAAUAAUGGAAAUUUAGACGGACUUAUUUCAUCUUCUAAAGACAAAUCAGAGAUUGAUUUACCAAUAAUAAAAAAACGGGGUCGACCUAAAAAAAAUAAAAUAAAUACCCCAAUUGAAGAAAACUCCAUAAAUUCAAUGCACCUAAACGACAAUGCAUCUAAUGCAGAAAUCCACAAAACUGAUAAGCCUCCGAAAUCUCGUCUCUCUCGUGUUCAACUUCUACGAAAGCGGUUAGCUAUUGAUAUGGUUGAUUCCGAAAAACCUAAUACGUUCUUAACAGAUGACAUCGAAGAUGACAGAGUAGUUCGUACACCAAUACGUACAUCACGUCGAAGUGCAACGCCCAAUAUUUUGCUAAAUGAAAAAGUAAAAAGGCAUAAUGACGUUUCAAUAAAAAAUCGUAAUCGCUUAAAUAUUAGAAAUGAGAAUAUGACAGAAUUGAAUAAUUUUGGAGGAUCAAAUUCGAGCCUCUCAUCUGCUUGCUCAACUAGUUCACUUAGUUCUAGUAUUGUAACCACAACUGCUGUUAGUGGAACACCAUCUCGUUUAGGCAAUUGUGCUAAUAUUUCAAUGAACUCUCAAAUUGACUUAACGAUGUCAUCAUCAUCAUCAUCAGCUAGCAAUGGAGCAAUGGGUACUAUAACAGCAUCUGGUGUUGUAGUUAAUAAUCGAUCCAGUUCUAUGCUUCCACCAACUACUAUACUAUCUUCAGAUCCUACACCUGAUGUUAUAUUUAAACCAAAUGACUUUUCCUCUAUCAUUUUAUCACAACAGUUGCGAUCGCUAAAUUCUAGUAUAGAUUCAGAAUUGUUAUUAACCUCAUCAAUGAUGAAUCAUCAAACGGAUUCGCAAGAUGAAGAUGUCGGUGGAAUCACUGAUGAUUCAACCAGCUCAACUUCAAUGCCUACGACACCAAUAACACCAGGUCGUGGACGAGGUCGCGGCAGAGGAAGAGGUCGAGGUUCUGGGAGGGGACCACGAGCCCAUAGAUUAGGUCGUGGAGCAAGUGCGGUUGCGAAAGCAAUAGCUAUGAACCGGCCACGUUGUGUAGGUGGUCUUAAACACACUCCGGAUCCAGAACGUUUAAAAGGUCUUUUUACACCGUUGCCACAAGUUUUUGAAGAGGAUACUCGAAUGAGCGCAGAUUUAAGUCAAAGUCAAUUUUUGAACGACUCGGAUAUUUCCUUUAGGCAACCCGAUUUUUUAAACAAUGAAGAAUCUCAAUCUUCAAUUGUUAGUAAUACAAGUUUCUUAGAUCCUGCAGUAAAACGACCUAAAAAGAAGAAAAUGGAAGUAUGCGUAGCAGAUGACACUGAUUUCACAGUAGGAUCUAUUGCUGAAUAUGACUGGCCACCACCAAAAGGUUGUUGUCCAUCAAAAAACCGUGAUACAUUUAUGAUCCAAGAACAGGUAGCUUUGUAUUUGGGCAUUAAAAGCUUUAAACGAAAAUAUCCGGAUUUACCUCGACGUCAAGUUGAUAUGGAAGAACGUAGUUGGCUGCAAGAAAGAGGAUUGGUGUCAGAAAAAAUGUGCGACCUUGGUAUUACAGCUGUUUGGGCAUCUGAUAUUUUAGAUAUAAUGUAUGCUGAUUUCUAUGAUAAAUAUGAAGAAUAUAAAGAUUUCAUACGACAAAAGCAUCUGCUUGAUAUUGAAACUAAACAAAAAGCAUUAGGUCUAAACGUAAAUGGACGAGGUUUGCAAGCACGAGAUCGUGCUAUGCUUUCAGCAAGUAAAUGGAAUGCAUACUUUAAUAAAAGCCGUAAAGAGGAUCGCCCAAAAUGUUUGGAUUUACAAACCUUAACAAUUAAUGUGCCAUUACCAAUAGAAGCGCCGUCUACAACACUUGUCAACCGUCCAAUUGCAGAUGCAAUUACAAAUGCAAUAGUAAAAGAGUCAAUAAAGGAACCACCAACAUUAUUAAAACCAAGAAAUUUUAAUAAUUUAAUGGUUAAAGAAAUGUCUUAUCCCUUAUCAUUAGUUCCGGGUCAAUUUUGUGAAAAGUAUCGGAAAUACACAUCUACUGAAUUACGUUGCUAUCCUAUAAAUACAGUGCUGGAUAAUCCACAUUCAUUACAAAAUUAUAUGAAAGAUUUGAAUGCUUCGGAAAUAGAUACGGAAAUAGAAAAUAAGCACAAAUCUACUAAAAGUGAAAACAAUAAUCAACAAUUUGAACAAAAUCAAAGAGCAGAAACACAUGAUAGUUCUUUACGAAGUAGUAUUGAAGAUAACGUGAAAAAAGAUAUGCCAAUAGAAUAUGUAAGCACUUCCGAAUCCUCUUCAAGUGAGGAGAGCUCCAGCGAAUCGGAUUCUGAUUCCGAGUGUUCGUCGUCAUCCUCAUCUUCUGAAAGUGAAACAAAUCUCUCUUCAUGCAAUGUUUGUCAACGUACUCAGCAUCGAAACCUUAAAGAUUUACCAGAACGAUUUAUAAAGUGUUACACUUGCCGCCGGAAAGUUCAUCCGAGCUGUGUUGAAAUGCCCCAUCGAAUGAUGUUAAGAGUGCGUAAUUAUAACUGGCAAUGCAACGAAUGCAAGUGUUGUGUUAAAUGCAAGCGCAAGCAGGAUGAAAAUAAAAUGCUGUAUUGUGAGCAAUGCGAUAGAGGAUAUCAUAUAUACUGUAUAAAUAUAAAAUCAGUUCCCGAUUGUCGUUGGAGCUGUGAACGUUGCAGUAUAUGUAUGCGAUGUGGUGCUACUAAACCUGAAGGAUUGCCGCAAGUUCAGCAACAAACUUUAACAUCUCCAAACGGAGAAAAAGUCAAACAAGUCAAACACAAAAAAGUGAAAUGGAUUAAUGAGUAUCGUAUAGACCAUAUAACCAAAUUAAGAGAACACUGUUCGAUGCUUUGUGUGCCAUGUGGACGUGCAAAAACAGUGAAGCGAACAGUACCUGCAUUACCGAAUAUAAAUAAUAAUUUUAAUAAUAGUAGCAACACUAUUAAUGCUAGUGGUGUGAAUAGUAAUAUAAAUGCAAGUGCUACAAAUGCUGUUCAAACAUCAACGGUGCAACAAAAACAGCAAAUUAAAAUUCAACAGUGCAACAACACUCAAAUGUCGCCACCUCCUACUCCAGCUCCAUCAUCUGUUAUUAAUACAGCAGCAACAACACCGGUUACACCAGUAAUAAAAACAAAUUCGAAUAACAAUUCAAGUGGAGGAACGGUAAUACCACCGGUAGUUGCCUGAGUGGGGGUAAUACGGUAUUGUCCAAAACGGAGUAUUACAGAUUUAUAGUAGUAACUGAAUACGCAAUCUACAUAUGCAAAUGGUUAAAACUUAGUGCUAAAUAUUAGUCUAUAUGUGUGUAAAAACUGAAACGUAUAUUAUAAUUUAUUUUGUUUUAUUUUUUUUUUAAUCACACCAUUGUGUGAUUUUAUAUUUGUACUUUUAUUUCUUUUAAAAAAUAAAUGCGUUAUUUAAUACUAACUAAAUUUGUGAUUCAAUCAAAAAGUAUUCAAUUAUGAAGCAAAAAUUUCGCAUUUUUUUAAAUAUAUAAUAGGCUACACAUAUACUUACAAGUUAAGUUUAAUAAAAUGAAAAUCUUUUUGUAUUAUUUUUUUAUAAUAAUUUAGUUUUUUAUUUAAGUUAAAUAAUUAAUU